ACUUUGGACUAAAAAAACAUUAAACCAAAGAAAACACGAAAACUUACUCCAACUAACUGUGACGAUCCACAACGCCAAAAUUCAGUGUUGGAAUUCAUGAUCAAGGUUAUCAUGAAGACAAAGUUAUAUCAGGACUUCAUGUACUUCGUCCUUAGAAUCCUCCCCGUUGACUCGGCUUCGAUUUCGGAACUGUGUUCCUGUCCCUAAGUACCUGUCUCAUAACUCAUAGGUCUCAAACGAGUCUCAAAGUCCACCACUCACACUUAAUAGGGUAUUAGAAUGUCGAAGCUGAGAGCUUCUGGAUGUGUCAUUGCUCUUCUGUGUUCUUGCUUCUUCCUCGUUGUGGUUGCAAAAGUUACAAAUCCUUCAGAAGUGAAUGUGUUGAGAGCAGUCAAGAGCAGAUUAAUUGAUCCUAGAAAUCAUCUAAGGAAUUGGGACGAUGGGGAUCCUUGCGAAUCUCAUUGGACCGGAGUUUUGUGUUUUAAUGCUGUUGGGAGUGAUGGAUACUUGCACCUCCAGGAACUCCAACUGCUGAAUAUGAAUCUCUCAGGAACUUUAGCACCUGAGCUUGGCCAACUAUCCCAACUUCUGAUAUUAGAUUUCAUGUGGAAUGACUUAAGUGGCACUAUACCUAAGGAGAUUGGAAACAUGACAUCCUUGACACUCUUGCUCUUGAGUGGAAACAAAUUAUCCGGUUCCUUACCUCCUGAGCUCGGUUAUCUUGCAAAUUUAAAUAGACUACAAGUCGAUCAGAACAAUAUGUCUGGUCCAAUUCCAAAAUCAUUUGCUAACAUGAGCAGUGUAAAACAUCUCCACAUGAACAACAACUCCUUCAGCGGUCAAAUUCCGCCUGAGCUUUCUGAAGCACCCACUCUUCUUCACCUGCUCCUUGAUAAUAAUAACUUGUCAGGAUAUCUUCCACCAGAAUUCUCCAACUUACCAAACCUGCGCAUUCUUCAAUUCGAUAACAACAACUUCAAGGGGACUGAGAUUCCAUCUUCUUAUGGAAACCUUUCCAGAUUAGCAAAAAUAAGUCUUAGGAAUUGCAGUUUGCAGGGAGAAAUUCCCGAUUUUAGCAGGAUACCUCACCUUAGUUAUCUAGAUCUAAGCCACAAUCAACUAAGUGGACGCAUACCAUCGCCUAGACUUUCUGAAAAUGUGACAACAAUCGAUCUGUCAGACAACCAUCUUAACGGCUCCAUACCUGAGAGUUUCUCAGAACUUCCUGCUCUUCAGAAAGUAUCGCUCGACAACAAUUUUUUGACCGGUUCUAUCCCUACUAUCUGGCAGAACAUAUCUUUCGGCAGAAAAGCUAGACUUGCACUUGAUCUUCGGAACAAUUCACUCUCUAGCUUAUUGGGAGAGCUAAAUCUUCCCGCAAAUGUCACCUUGAGGCUUGGAGGAAAUCCUAUCUGCAAUAAUGUAACAAUACCAAACAUUGGGCAGUUCUGUCGACCUGAAGCUGGAGACGGGAUUUCUGAUAACUUGAUAAACUCCACUCAACCAAUGACCUGCCCUAGUCAAGCAUGUCCAACAGACUAUUUUUACGAAUAUGUCCCAUCUUGCCCAGUUCCAUGCUUUUGUGCAUCACCUUUAAGAGUUGAAUAUCGUCUGAAAAGUCCUAGUUUUUCAUAUUUUCCUCCUCAUAUACAGAAUUUUGAAAUCUACUUAACUCGUUCUCUCAACCUGCGCCCUUAUCAAUUAUCAAUUGAUUCAUUUGUGUGGCAAGAAGGGCCUCGUUUACUGAUGCAUUUGAAGCUUUUUCCUAUGUUCAUCAAUUCACACUCGAAUAUAUUUAACGUAAGCGAGGUUCAGCGAGUGAGAGGCCUUCUUACAUCAUGGGAAGUUCCUCUAGUUGAUUUCUUUGGACCCUAUGAGCUUCUCAACUUCACUCUGCUGGGACCUUAUUCGAACAUGAUUGUUGACCCGCAAAAGACGAGCAUUAGCAAGAGAGCUUUAGCAGGCGUUAUAAUAGGAUGCAUCGCUGCUGUUUUCAUUAUAUCUGCAAUAGUCAUGCUUCUGACCACAAGAUGUUUCAAACGCCGUUACCCACCUUCACGGAGACAUUCAUCCUCAAAGAUCUCUAUGAGAAUUGAAGGUGUAAAGGCGUUCACUUUCGAAGAAAUGACAGUAGCUACUGGGAAUUUCGAUACUUCAACGCAACUUGGACAAGGAGGCUAUGGGAAAGUUUACAAAGGUAUUUUGUCUGAUGGCACAGCCGUAGCCAUAAAGCGUGCAGAAGAAGGAUCCUUACAGGGUGAAAAGGAGUUCUUGACUGAGAUAGGACUGCUAUCAAGGCUACACCACCGAAACUUAGUCUCUUUGGUGGGAUAUUGUGAUGAAGAAGAGGAGCAGAUCCUGGUUUACGAGUUCAUGCCUAAUGGUAACUUACGCAAUUGGCUUUGUGCUAAAGCCAAGGGAAGUCUGGACUUCACUAUGAGGUUACGCAUUGCAUUAGGUUCUGCUAAAGGCAUCCUUUAUCUUCAUACUGAGGCAAAUCCUCCAAUAUUCCACCGGGAUAUCAAAGCCAGCAACAUACUCUUGGACUCCAACCUUGUGGCUAAAGUGGCGGAUUUUGGACUCUCGCGACUUGCGCCUCUGCAGGAUGAUGCAGGGAUCGGGCCUGCUUAUGUAUCUACGGUUGUGAGAGGAACGCCGGGUUACCUUGAUCCAGAGUAUUUCCUGACCAAUAAGUUGACAGACAAAAGCGAUGUCUAUAGCCUAGGAAUCGUGUUUCUGGAGCUCCUUACGGGCAAUCAGCCAAUUUCACACGGCAAAAACAUAGUUCGAGAGGUGAGUCUGGCUCAUCAGGCAGGGCUGGUGUUCUCGAUCAUAGACAGCAGAAUGGGUUCCUAUCCAUCCGAAUGUGUUGAAAGGCUUCUAGAUUUGGCCCUCAGAUGUUGUAAUGAAAAGCAAGACAAGCGGCCUCAUAUGCCGGAAGUGGUGAGGGAGCUCGAAAACAUACUCAAAAUCACGCCGGCAACUGACACCAUAUUUUCACCAUCUACUUCCUCGUACAGUGACCAAUCACCAACCUCAUCGUCCUUAUUGGCUGGAGACCGAUCCUACACGUCCUCCAGCCUGGCAGGAAGUGAUCUAACCAGUGGUGCUGUCCCAACCAUAGUGCCUCGAUGAAUAAAAACUCCCCUCGCACGCUGGUCAAGUGACGCUGCACAUAUUGGUGGUACGCAAAGAAGUAGAGCCUCAAGAGUCUCGUAUAUGUUUGAACGUACGGUGCUUCCUUCGUUUUGAAUAAAGCUCCUUCUCCGACGAUGACGACGACGACUACGACAACAAAAACACGAGUUUCGGGUGUUUCUUUUAACCCUUGUCUCUGUUUAUCGGGACGUAGAAACAAAAGCAACAUGGUCUUGUGCUAGUGUAGUAACAGAAGAACGGUCAUUUCUCUGCUUGUUUUGCACGCCAGCCAGUGUUCACCAAGACAAAUAUAGCUAUAGGCAAAAAGUGCACUCUCU